GUCCUUGUCACGUGUAAGAGUGGACACGUGGAAGAAGCUGACGUCUCGCCUGCCAACGCAACAGAAUGGUAGACCCCAACAAACAUUUGGCAAUUGGCGGGCGCCCAAAGUCUGAAAAAACUCAAAACUUCAAACUGUGAUGCGGCCCCCGGCCCAAGGUUCGGCUUUUGUCCUAUCCACCAUUCAAACGAGGGAAUUGGUAGGCUCGGGAACCAACCUAACCACGAACCGAAAAUUUUAAAAGGUUAGCGAACCGACACGGCUCUCUGCAUUCCCGAGUCAAGACAGAGACCCGAUUCCUCUCUAAAAUCCAACCACGCCAUCUCUCUCUGGCUGUCUGUUUGUGAUUUAUUCCCUAAAUUAACUCUCUAAUUACAUUUAAAUCUUGUGGCUGAAAAUAGGAAACAGUAUCUCGACGUCACAUUAUCACAAUCUCCAAAUUAAUAUAAUUUUUAUUUAAUUACAACCCGUAAAUUAGAUCCAAUCCGAAAUCUCUCUUCUUCUUAAUUCCCUCAUCUCUCCGACUCUCCCAUGCUGCGUAGUAGUAAAUGCGGGCGGUGUUGGUCUACUCUAGUUGACUGUUCGAUAUAAUACUUAAUUAAAAUGAAAAUAAAAAACCAGAGCAGUAAAACACGGAAAAAACAAAAAUUAAAUACGGUAGAGAAAGAAAAAAAAAAAAAAAAAGGAAGAACCCUAAGAAUAUGCAGAUGCAGUUGACAGACUGUUUGUCUUCUUCUCUCCCUCUUUCCCCCCAACCAGCUGAGUGACGAGAGAGCGAGCCAAAUAGCUCUCCAGUGUCCCGCCGACUCCUCCCACCUCCGUUUUGCUUCAAUCGAUCAUUCCCGUCGGAAGGAAGGUUGGUGAACAGAGUUCGACUCUGAUGUCUGAAGCUCACCUUGCUCCUUAGUCUCUGAAUCGGAAGAUCAAGAAAACCAAAAGGCCGCCAUUUCCAGAGCGACUCCAAGCUUUACCUUCUUCUUCUGCUUCUGAUCAGAGAAGCAGUGUAAGCAGGUCCGUCUCUUUCCCCGCGUCUCUGCUUUCUAAUUUUUGUUUCGCUUCUGGUAAUUUGACAAAAACCGACCCCUGGAUUCCCGCCUUUUUACCAUUUCCCUUUGCAAUGUUUCAAGAUUUGUCUCCAUGACAGGUUUUCUGGAUCCCCCUCUCCCCUGCUUUUCUUCCUUUCAGCUGUCCGUUUCUCUUCUUUCUUCCCUAGAAAAGGGCCAUCUUUCACGUUCUUAUGCUGACUACCGUGUAAAUCAUUUCAAGGGUUUUUGCUCUUUAAAUGUGUGGGAAAUUAUUGACUGGUAAUGUUAUUAUAUUUGUAGAUUGGGUGAUUAUACCUGUUGGGGUUUGGCUAAAUUAAAUGAACGGCAACUACUCUCAUCACAUGCAACAACAACAACAACAACAGCAGCAGCAGCCUCAGAUUUCGUCUUCAAGCAAAUAGCUCCCACUCCCGCAAAUCAUACCCACAAGUUAAGAAGGAAAGAAAAGAAGGUCAGCUUCCUUCCGAUCCACAUCCUCUGUGUAUCGGCCAAGAGGGAAGGAGAGUUCAUCCUCAUUGCAGUUUGCCUUUGUUUUCUGAUGUCGGUUCUUGAAAGAAGUCUGUCGUCCUCUUCAUCGUCGUCUUCCUCGACGAUCUCGGUGAGUUCGGGCGAUCGGGAGGUUGACCCGUUGCUGAACGAUUUAGAUGAGAAGAAGCAGAAAUUUAGGCGCAACGUGGUUUCUCUGGCUUCUGAGCUCAAGGAAGCUCGCGCCCGCCUCUCUUCUCAACGUGAGUCGUUUGCUAAAGAAUCGUUAAGCAGACAGGAAGCGGAAAACAGAGCCAAGACCAUGGAGCAGCAGAUUUGUAGACUCCACCGCACUUUGGAGGAGAGGAAUUCCGAGCUCCAGGCCUCUGCUUCUACUGCCGAGCAGUACCUCAAAGAUUUGGGUAGUUUGAGAUUGCAGCUCGCAGCCACUCAAACAACUGCAGAUGCAAGUGCAGCAUCAGCACAGUCUACACAGUUACUAUGCUUGGCAUUAGUGAAGGAGCUUGAAUCCAAGGCCAGUUCAUUAAAAGAGCACGAAGAUCGUGUCAGUAGACUAGGAGAGCAGUUAGACAGCUUGCGUAAGGAUCUCGAAGAAAGGGAAUCUUCUCAAAAGCAGCUCAAAGAUGAAGUCUCAAUAAUUGAGCAUGACAUUAUGCAAGCAGUUGCUGCUGCUGGGGAUAGCAAAGACUGCGAGCUGAGGAAGAUUCUAGAUGAGGUGUCACCUAAGAAUUUGGAGAAGAUCAAUAAGCUUCUAAGCAAUAAGGAUGAAGAGAUAGUGAUGUUGAGAGAUGAGAUAAGGGUCAUGUCUGCUCACUGGAACCUUAAGACCAAGGACUUGGAAUCUCAGUUAGAGAAGCAGAAACGAGCUGAUCAAGAACUGAAGAAGAGAGUUUUGAAGCUGGAAUUCUGUCUUCAAGAAGCCCGUUCCCAGACCAGAAAGCUCAUAAGGAUGGGGGAGAGAAGGGACAAAGCUAUUAAGGAGCUUCAGAACCAGUUAGCAGCAAAGCAGGCAGUUGGUGGGGGAUUCAGCAGCAACGAAAAACACAACUUUUGGGAGACUUCCAGCUUCAAAAUUGUAGCAUCCAUGUCUAUGUUUGUCCUGGUUAUAUUCUCAAAGCGAUGAAGACUGUUUCGAUUUAGCGAGAGAUUAGAGGUACAGUAUAUAGGUGUUCCUCUUCCCCUGUAGGUUAAUUCUAGUGGGGGAUCAGAAGAUAGGCUAAGUGUAGUUUGUAGAAAAGGCACGUUGUAGUAAUGGCCAUAUGUGUAAGUCUGGUUUUGUGUAAUGUGCAAGACGAAUGUGUAGAAUAUGUGGUUCUGGCAGGUGCAAUGCCCACCACAGUAGAGAAUUGAAAAACCUUGAACUUCAUAGAAGCAUCUUUCUUUAAUGUCAAACAAAAUGUCCGUUAUGUAGAUUUCAUAGUGACAAAAACUAGAAUCCAAUGUGAUCUUUUGUUGGUAGAUUUGAUGAUGAGUGGGUUUUGACUUUUGUUACCCUCAUAGGUAGGCAAUGCUAUUCAAUUGACUUAUGUGGUAAAGGUCUAUUGAAUUAGCCGUUAGAGCAAAUGAUUGAUUGGAGCACGCUAAAAUCCUAACCAAUUCUUGUAAUUGGAGUGCUAGUAAGCAAUGCAGUCAAAAGUGUGAUUCUACCUAGAAGCGGUUGGGUGAUCUAGAAGCGUAAAAUCGUAAGAUUUUAAGUUUUAAAACGUAGAUUUUGACUACAUUUUUAAGGGAAUAUCACGAUUCUACAUAUAAGCGUUUUGGUUACCCAAAAUGGUAAAAGCGUAAGCUUUUAAGUUUUAAAGCGCGAUUUUGACUGCAUUGCUAGUAAGUAGUAAUCAAUAGUCCACCAGCUA